AUGUCAGCGAGGGGGAGACGUCUCCACAUCCGUCUUCCAACAGAAAUACUCCCGGUUGUUGUUUACGUCCCUGAAGUCCACUCAAAGUGGUACGACGAGGUUGAAAUCCUUCCCUUCCUUACCUGUUUCUUUUCUCGCUGCAUCUUCUGGUUCUCGUUUGCUUGCUCGGCACUGAGAUCAGACCAGGAACGGCAUCGCGUUUUCAUCUCAUUGGUCCCUGAGGUCUUGGAGCAGAUCCUGCCAAACGCCAAUCUUGACAAGAAGAAGCUGGAUGCUACGAGGGUCAAAGAGGACGUGUUCCGCGGAGUCGGCAUGGAGCUUCGCUGCUUCUUCAGAAGCACGCUCCCCACCUAUCACCUCCUGUCCACAGAUGAGCAGGAUUGCUUGUACGUCCUGAGCAACUUUGCUGCCUCCGGCAGGUAUCAAGACUUUGGUCAGCCUAGGCGGAUGUGCCUGUCCAGGGCGCGGCAAAGCAAGAGCUUCGUACCGUCGAUGCUGAGCACGCAUUCAUCUCCAACUGGAAGCGCAGGAAAGACUCUUUUUAUCCAGGGGUUGCCCUCAACAAUGCAGGGUCAAGACCUUCAGGGUCUCUUUGACAGAUUCGGUCACAUCUCAUGGGCUGCUACAAUGCCUGUACCUCACAACUCAAGCGCGUCGUACGGCUACGUCCAAUUUGAAGAGACUGCUAAUGCGCUUGAGGCGCAGCAACGAAUGCAUGGAAAGAGGAUGGAGUGGUUCCGCCUUCUCUCCGUCUAUGGAGUCGGUUGCAACAUGUGA